AUAAACUAUAUAAAGAGUGAAUAUCUUCCUUUACUGACAGUCAUCAGCUGGUUGUUCUUCUCUGUGGCAGCCAAUCAUCACCUCAGCAAAGAUGGCAUCAGGCUUUCCGUUUGCUUUGUUGCUCUGUUUGUCCAUCGGACUGUUGGCUCCAUCUUGUUAUGGACAAACCUCCAACCCAGAGCUUCUUCAAAGUCCCUGCCCUCCUGGUUGGACUCAGUUUGGCUCUCGCUGUUUCAGUUUCUACCUCCAGGGAAAGACUUGGAUCGAUGCAGAGCACUUCUGCAAGGCUGCCGAUGGGAAUCUGGCUUCAGUCCACUCAGAAGAGGAACAUGAAUUCCUCAGAACCUUCAUUCACCAAGUGAGCGGUGAAAACAGACGGACCUGGAUUGGAGGCUUUGACUCUGUGCAGCCGGGCGUGUGGAUGUGGUCUGAUGGAUCCCCAUUCGACUACAAAAGCUGGGCUCCGGGGGAGCCUAACAACGGAGGUGGAACUGAGCACUGUCUUGAGAUUAACUAUAAGGACAAAUGGAACGACAACGAGUGCAACAAGAUAUUUCCUUUCGUGUGCUCCAAGGACCUGUGAGGCCUCCCGCCAUCAUGAUCUCACUACAGCUCAUCUAUAAUCUCUAUCACUGAUUCACUUUCAGUUUGUUGUGCAGACAGAAACAGCUCUCUGCUGACAGACUCACUUUCACUUUUUGAUUAUCUGAAGAGUUAGGAAACAGUUCACAUUUGAGUUUUAACAUUAGAAGGAAACUGACUCUCUGAGCUGGACAAAAACAUAAUCAGUUAUUGGACUUUUAAUCUAUAAAUAACACAAAAUGAAAUACAGAAAACAUUCAAAUACUCUGACAUCUUUUCCAUUUUAGUUUACUGAAUAUUGUCUGUCAGCUCUGUCCAAAGGUAACAACAUCCACCUACCAGACAUGAGUGGUGACGAUCUUCUCAUCAAAAUUGUCCAAAUAGAAAAUAAAAGUCCAAAUGUUGUCAGAACGUUCUGUGAUACAAGAGGAGUUUCUGGUGUUGUUGGGUUCUUUAUUCAUCUGUUUUCCUUCACUUUAUAAUCAAUAAGCAUUAAAAAAUAAAAGACAUAUUGUCA